UGGCCCUGCUAGGCCUGGCGGACGGCCUGCAGCCUUGGUGCCCGUUGGAUCUCAGCCCGGAAUGGGUGGACACUGUAUGGGAACUGGAUUUCAUCGAUACUGAGCUUUUGGAUCCGAACAUAGAAGCAUGUAUCUUAGAGUCUGGAUUGGAUGCAUUCAGAAAACUUUAUGAUAGUCUUUUCCACUUUGCUACUGAAGAACAGGAAUCCAAGGAGAGCAUUUGGGCCUUCUUCAUUGAGAACAACAUCUCUCACAGCUCGUUGGUGGCUCUGUUCUAUCAUUUCGUCCAAAUAGUCCACAAAAAAAACGUCAGUGUACAGUACCGAGAAUAUGGUCUUCAUGCAGCUGGGCUUUAUUUUCUGCUCUUAGAGAUACCAGGCAGUGUAGCUAACCAGGUAUUCCAUCCAGUGAUGUUUGACAAAUGUAUUCAAAUUUUGAAGAAGAGUUGGCCUGAAGAAUUUCACUUUAGUCGAAAAAGAAAAAAUGAGCAAUCUAAAAAUUCUCAGACUAUUAAUUCAAGAAAGCAGAGAAAAAGGGAGAAACGAUCCAGAAGAGAGGAUAUUGAGAUGGAUGAAAUCAUGGAAGAACCAGAAGAGGAAGAGAAUCUGUAUUUUUCUGCCCUAGAUCUUUCACAAAUUCGAAAUGCCAUCUUUCAUGUUUUGAAGAAUUUUUUAAGACUAUUGCCUAAGUUUUCCCUGAAAGAAAAGCCACAGUGUGUACAGAAUUGUAUAGAGGUCUUUGUGGCAUUAACUAGUUUUGAACCAGUUCUUCAUGAAUUUCACGUUACAGAAGCCAGUCUUAACCAAGCAAAAUAUAUUCCAGAACUGGCCUAUCUUGGAUUGUAUUUGCUGUGCUCCCCAACUCAUGGAGAAGGAAAUAAGGUCAUCAGUGCUGUUUUCCAUAAGAUGUUAGACGUCAUAUUAAUGUUAGAAGUAGGUGAAGGACCUCAUCGUGUUCCCCUUUCUAUCACUGCACCAGUCAUCAGCAGGAAAAACCUGGCCAUUCAGUUCAUCAGCUGUCUUGUGGAUGAACUAAAGGAAAGUAUAUUUCCAGUUCUUCGCAUUUUAUUGCAACACAUCUGUACCAAGGUGACAGAUAAAUCGGACCAUCGGACUCAUGCAGCUCAGUCUCUGGUUCAGCUACUCUGCAAAUUUCCUUCCAAGGAAUAUGCCAGUUUUAUCAUCUGGCUUUACAAAUAUUCACAAAGCAACAAGAUCCCAUACAGGAUUUUUACUCUGGAUGUUGCCCUAGCUCUAUUAGAGCUACCCGAAAGAGAGGUGGAUACCACUCUGCCUUCGGAGCAGCAGAAGUUCUUGAAGCAUAAGUUUUUGGUGCAGGAAAUCAUGUUUGAUCGCUGUCUAGACAAGGCACCGACCGUCCGCAGUAAGGCCUUGUCCAGUUUUGCACAUUGCCUGGAACUGUCUGUUACCACUGCCUCAGAGAGCAUACUGGAACUUCUAAAGAACAGUUCUUCAGUUUCAGGAACCUAUCAUGCUGUUUCAUUGAGAAAUUCAUCAGCUUCUUCCUCUCAGAGGCAAAAAACUAACCCUUCUAGCAUCUAUAUGAUGAUGAAUGUAGAGUUUGGGAGUGAAGCAUUUGGACCUGAAGAAAUCACUCCUGGCUAUAGAGAAAGAAAUGUCAUGAUGAUGCUGAGAAAGAGAAUUAGGGAUGAGAAGACCAAUGUUAGGAAAUCGGCACUCCAGGUAUUGAUGAGUAUACUGAAACACUGUGACAUCACAGGCUUGAAUGAGGAACUGUUGAUUCUGCGUGACCGGUGUCGGGACCCUGCAGUAUCUGUCCGGAAGCAGGCUUUACAUUCCCUUACUGAACUUCUGAUGGCCCAACCUAGAUGUGUUGAAGUCCAGAAAGCCUGGCUAAUGGGGAUUAUCCCAGUUGUCAUGGAUUGUGAGAACACAGUACAAGAGAAGGCCCUGGAGUGUUUGGAUCAGCUUUUGCUACAAAACAUUAAGCCUUACAAACAAUUCCAUGAUGGAGAUGACAGCCAAGUGCUAGCCUGGGCACUUCUGACUCUGCUUAGUACAGACAGCCUGGAAUUGGGCCACUAUUUGAAGAAGGCCUUUCAUAUCUGGUCCAAGAAGGAUAAAUUCUCGUCCACAUAUAUAAGCAAUGUGCUGUCCCACACUGACACGGAACAUGCUGCGCCUGCCUGGAUGCUGCUCUCCAGGAUCACUUGCUCUGCACCAAAGCUGGACUACAGCAAAAUCAUCGAGUCCUGGAAGAUAAUCAGCAGUCAAAAGAAUCCCAGUUCCACCACCCUAGGGCAUGUCCUUUGUGUUAUUGGGCAUAUUGCAAAGCAUCUUUCUAAGAGCACCCCGGAGCAAGUUGAUUGGUGAGUAUACUGUCCAGUGCAACUGAAUAGAUUCCACUGGCCUCCAGAGUUGAUCAGCUCAGCAGUGGACUCUUUGCAAAGGCUCUGUAGUGCGUCUGCAGAGACCCCUCUGGAGGAGCAGGAAUUGCUGCAGCAGGUGUGUGGGAAUAUCCUCUCCAUGUGCAUCCACCGCCUCUCUGACUUAGUUCUGAAGAAAGGUGGAGCUGGGCAUCUGGAUGAAGAUCUGUUGGUGAAGUACAUUUUUACCUUAGGUGAUGCCCAGCUCUGCCCAACCAGGGUGGAGAAGAGAACCUUCCUUCUCAUUCAGUCCAUUCUGGCUGCCUCUGCUGACAAAGACAGUGUACUAGCCUCUCAAAGCAGCAAUGAAGGGCCUGCCUCUCAGCCACUGGCGCAGGACCGAGGCUCUACCAUGUCAUCUGUGAUACGGGCACAUGCAGUUAUUACCUUGGGGUCACUCUGCUUGCAGCACGAAGAUCUUGCCAAGGAGAGUGUCCCAGCCCUCGUUCGAGAGCUGGAGGUUUGCAGUGAUGUGGCUGUGCGCAACAAUGUGAUCAUUGUGCUAUGUGACCUCUGCAUGCGCUACACUGCCAUGGUGGACAAGUACAUUCCCAACAUCUCCAUGUGUCUGAAGGACUCUGACCCCUUCAUCCGAAAGCAGACGCUCACUUUGCUCACCAAUCUCUUGCAGGAGGAAUUCGUGAAGUGGAAGGGCUCUCUGUUUUUUCGAUUCAUCAGCACUCUGAUCGAUUCAUGCCCCGACAUUGCCAGCUUUGGGGAAUUCUGCCUGGCUCAUCUCCUGCUGAAGAGGAGCCCAUCCCUAUUCUUCCAGCACUUCACUGAGUGUAUCUUUCACCUCAAUAACUAUGAGAAGCACGAGAAGUACAACAAAUUCCCCCAGUCAGAGAGAGAGAAGAAGUUGUUUACCCUGAAGGGAAAGACAAACAAGGAGAAACGAAGGCGGAUCUACAAGUUCCUUCUGGAGCACUUCACAGAUGAGCAGCGGUUCAACAUCACAUCCAAACUCUGCCUUAAUAUUUUGGCUUUAUUUACCGAUGGCCUCCUGCGCCUGGACCUGGAAGCCAGUGAACUGCUGUCAGACACGUUUGAGAUCCUUAGCUCCAAGGAGAUCAAGCUGAUGGCCAUGAGAUGCCGGCCAGACAAGGACCUGCUGCUGGAGGAAGACGACAUGGCCCUGGCAAAUGUGGUUAUGCAGGAAGCACAGAAGAAGAUCAUCUCUCAGGUUCAGAAGAGGAAUUUCAUUGAAAAUAUCAUUCCAAUUAUCAUCACUCUGAAGACAAUGCUGGAGAAAAAUAAGAUCCCAGCUUUACGGGAGCUGAUGAACUAUCUCAGGGAGGUGAUGCAGGAUUACCGGGAUGAAGUCAAGGAUUUCUUCACAGUUGACAAGCAGCUGGCAUCUGAGCUGGAGUACGACAUGAAGAAGUACAACGAGCAGCUUGCUCAGGAGGAGCUGCAAAGACAGGUUGCUACAAGCAUUACCACACCAGCCACUGCUGACCAGGAGAACCCCACAGUGACUCCUGUGGGGAACCAGUCCCCUCUUCCUGUGGGCUCAGUGAAGAGGUUACUGCCCAAGGCCAGACGCAUGUCCCUGAGCACAAUUGCCAUCUUGAACUCGGUCCAAAAAGCCAUGGAAUCCAAAAACCAGCGUUGGAGCCUUGGUGCGCUACCUUUCCAUAUGACAUCCAGGAGCCUGGAGCCCUCAAGGGGCAGCCAAGCCUCUUCGUACAGCCCGGAACAAGAGUCUAGUGGUGCCAUCAGUGGUGUGAUUAAACGAGCCAUCAGCACCCCCAAGAACACCAUCAGUGAUGUCACGUUCGAAGCCAACAUCAGCUACAUCACCCCACCAAGUUCUAUUCCAGGCAAAGACAAAGCUGAAGCCCAGCCUGAAGAGAAAGAUAUCUUAUGUUUAUCCUUGUCCAACAAGCCAUCUCCCCAGCCUCAGCUGUGGAAUGUGCAGUUGCCAGCCAGGAACAAAGACAACCCAACCUCUAGUCGGCGGUCACUUCGCAAGGCCCCUCUGAAGACCGCCAAUUAAAGACGGUACAUUCCAGGCACAUCAGGAAGAGCAGCACCAUCCUACACAAGGAGUGGAGUUCACUUGUCUUUCCUGCCACCCCUCCCCCCACCAAACUUUCACCAUGAAAUAAGAACCUGCUUAUUUGUAUAGUUGGCCAUUCUUUCAGAUUUCUUUAAAAUAUGGUUUAUUUUUCUUAAAAGUGUGAGCAUAAGAGAAAUGCCUCAGCUAUUUAAUAGCUCAGCUUCUCUCCACUGGAUAUCCCAGUUCUUUUGGAUCCUUAUAAGCAGCUUUUUGACAGAAUCCCUUUCCCAUAGCUAAGGAUAGUUUUCAUUGUAGUAUUUUUCUAUUCUUAUAAAAAUGGUAGAUUUUUCUAAAAAGUGUAUGUACAGCUUUAUAAACAUGUUGAAACAAUAAAGGUCAAACAAAAAAAAAA